CUCACUCACCGAGUAUCCUCCGACGAAGGUGAGAUUUGCUGUUGGAAGGUGGUGGCACGAUACCAACUUCCUACUCCGCGGUAGUUGAAGGCUAUGGAGAAGACGGACCCCUACUUUCUUGGUGGGUGCCUUUUGGUCUUGGUGGCGCGGAUAUCGGAGUACGGUAUGAUAAGUUUUGGUUUAGUUUUUCCCUCUGCAAUAUAAAAGACCUUGCACAUAUCAGCACUGCAUUCAUUUAUCAAUCACAAAGCAGCAGCAGCAGAAGCAGAAGCAGUAGUAGUGGCAAGUGCAAGUGCAGCACGUGUUUUGUGGUGGCAUAAUCAUAAGGAAAAUUGUGCGCGGUUGAUGGUGCCUAGCAGAUCGUGAAUAAGUUGGAGCAAAGUAUUAAUUCAAGUCGACGAACUUGUUGUUGUGGUUUGGUGGCUGUGAGUGAAAUGAAGUUUACGUUGUGCAUGAUUGGCUGUCUGGUGGUCGUCCUGGGCCAUGUCCGGGCUGAUCCCGAACCGGUUACGCCGGACACCCGGAAGGCGCGCCAUCCGGUGAAUGGACCUAGCAAUUACAACUCGAUAUCGGUUCCGGACAGUGAAACGUUGAGUAAGCUGCAGAAUCAGGUGGCUCCCUCGGUGCAGCAGAUCCCACUUAAGCCCAUUGGAUUGCCAACGAAGAGUUCUGAGGUUGGACAAGCGUACAGUGUGACUCCGGGCCCGCAGAACAGCCAAUACCUGCCGACUACGUCCAAUCAGAACCUGAACCAGUACUACAUGGCUAUGGCCACUCCACAUGCCACCGGAAAUCAAGUUCUUACUCCAGCAGCAUCCCCACUCAUCAUGCAAUACAUCAACCCACAGGGCCAACCCACCGGCGGCCUACAGUACAUCCAACUGCUGCGUCCAGUUAUGUACAACCCGUACGGCACCCAGUACGUCCAACCGUCCUACGUACAACAACCGACGGUCGGAAUCAACCAGCCGCACCAGCACCAUUCCCAUUCCCUGUCCCACUACUCCCACGCCGGAGCCGUGGCGCCACCCUCGCCGACUUCUACGCCCACCGCCGGCACCACCCAGUCCAGCUUCGUGCCCUUCCAGCCCUCUUCGCUGCAGCAGCCCGUCCACCAGUUCGGAACGGUUCCGUCCCCUAGCCAUCACCACCUGGCGGCCGCUGCACCAGCAUACACCAACCCAAUUGGCCAGUACUCGAGCCCGAUGUUGUCCUACUUUGCCGCCCCACCGAGGAUCUCCCUGAUCAACGGGCCCGGCGAGCUCAACACCAACGAGUACAUGCCCAACCCGGGGGACCACGUGUUCAUCAAGGGCGUCAAGACGAUCCGGGCCUAGGAAGCACCGGAAAAAAUCUGUGGUAGCGAUCUCCCAAACGUACUUUGUCCUUGUUUUUAAUCUUUGUCGUGUUGAGAUUUCAUUAUUUAUGAUAUUUAAUGUGCUGUUGACUAGUAUUUAACGAAGAUGAAGAAUCAACCAAAUCCAACUAAUAUUGAUACCAUACUAACAAGAGUUUGAUAAUUGUUGAUUCCCUGAAAAACAAAUCAGUUUGUCUAAAAUCAAGAUGAUUAACAUUCCAACGCCCAAGGCUCCAAAAAAGGUGGAACGGUAACUUCAACGCGCUGGUUCUCGGGCAUAACUCAUCCAAUCAAGACAAUUCUUUUUUCCAAGUGAUUUGUUAGGAUGUCUAGAUGAUCCAAGAAUUUUGCAGAACUCAAUUUGAUCAAAUCUGUAAUUUUUGCGAUCAAAAACAUCGUUCCAACUUUUUUUUUUCGCGUGUAAAAAAAAUCGCCAAAAAUUCCGCGGAGGCAGUCGUUUUAAAAAAGGUGGAACGAUGUUUUCGGUCGCAGAAAUUACAGAUUUGUUCAAAUCAAGUUCUGCAAAAUUUUAGGAUCAUCUAGACAUUCUUACAAAUCCCUGGAAACAAAAAUCGUCCCGAUUGGUUGAGUAAUGCCCGAGAACCAGCGAGUUGAAGUUACCGUUCCACCUUUUUUGGGAGGCUUGGGCGUCCGUGUAAGUUGGACAUGCGUUAGG